AAGGCUCCGGCAAAUUUCAUCGAAAACCAUUAAUCGCGAUGGUCUUCAAGCCAUUUAAGCCUCCUUCUAUGAGGAAGCCCCUCCAGCCCACUGUUUCAAGACCAUCCCUGCCAACUGAAGCCACCGAGAUCGACGGUCCUCCAGCGAAGAAGCCGCGUCUACAGCCAGAACACCCAAUAGACCUCGAAAAUGUUGUUCCGUCAACUGGACGACUAGUGAAGCCUAUACCCCAAACAAAGAACCAUGUGGAAUCCUCAGUAGGCUCCGGGAGUUCUCGUUAUGCAGCCGGAGAAAGAUAUUUCAAUGUCCUAUGGCGCAAGGUUACCACGAAGAAGAACAAAACGUGGGAUGGCGACGGCAUUAUCUCCAUACGCGACGGCUAUGCCUACUUGCAGGAUGUUUCUGGGAAAGACAUGGGGCGGGGAAUGCAUGGUUCUCGUCUUGAACCCGGCGUCAUGCUAUCUAUUGGGGGUAAGGAAGUGGAGAUAGAUUCAGAAAUGUCCAGGACCGAGUAUCUAUCCGGUCGACAGUUUCUAAAGGCCAAGAACGAGCCGAUUUCUCCGACAGCACUGCCCACGAAGGCGUUCGUUCCUGUUCGAAGCAGCACAUCUGCUUCGACAACUUCUACCAAGGACCAGCCUGCAAAGCCCAGCGCUACACCGUUAGCGAACCCUGCUUCAAAGAGAGGAACGGUCUCCAGCGCAUUUAAAAAGCCAUUGUUGGAAAGCACGGUCCUACCUCAGACUCCGUCGGAGAAGCCUGUUCCGCGCCAUGAUCCGAACAAACCUGGAGCGCUGGUUAUGAAGCGGCCCGAAUAUGUGCCAAAAGGGAAACGAAUUGUGGAUGUCGUUGUUGAUCCCAUCCUGGCGAAACAUCUGCGACCUCAUCAACGUGAGGGUGUUCAGUUUCUGUACGAAUGUGUUAUGGGAAUGAGAUCCUUUAACGGCGAAGGAGCUAUUCUAGCAGACGACAUGGGAUUGGGGAAAACCCUACAAACUAUAGCUCUCCUGUGGACGCUUAUGAAACAGAACCCAAUUUACGAGAGUGCCCCGGUCGUUAAGAAGGCUCUCAUUGUCUGUCCGGUUACACUAAUCAAUAACUGGAGGAAAGAAUUCCGCAAAUGGCUGGGAAACGAACGAAUCGGAGUCUUUGUGUUUGAUGACAAGAGAAAACGACUGACUGAUUUUACUAGAGGAAAAGCUUAUAGUAUAAUGAUCGUGGGCUAUGAAAAACUCAGGACUGUUCAAGAAGGGCUAGCCAGAGGCGAUAGUGUCGACAUCAUUGUUGCAGAUGAGGGUCACCGAUUGAAGACACUUCAAAACAAGAGCGGUCAAGCAAUUCAAUCACUGAAUGCCACGAAAAGGAUCAUUUUGUCUGGCACCCCGAUCCAGAAUGAUCUGAAAGAAUUCUUUGCCGCGGUAGACCUGGUCAACCCCGGUGUUCUGGGAACUUUCAAGUCCUUCAUCAGGGAAUUUGAAGGCCCCAUAGUAAAGAGCAGACAGCCCGAGGCAACCAAAAAGGACAUCGAGAAGGGAGAGGCCAGAAACGAAGAGCUACGAGAGCUUACCUCCAAGUUCAUGCUGCGCAGGACAGCAGACAUUCUAGCCAAAUAUCUCCCUCCGAAGACAGAGUAUGUGCUAUUUUGCAAUCCGACACGCACGCAAGCGACCAUUUACCAGAAUGUUCUUGCCUCUCCGGUCUUUCAGAGCGCCCUUGGAAGUUCUGAAAAUGCUCUCCAACUCAUAACCAUUCUCAAAAAACUCUGCAAUAGCCCAUCUUUGCUUUCUCCAAGAAAUGUGAACGAGACACCUAGUGAGACCAUCACUGCUCUGUUAUCUUCUUUGCCGCCGAAUCUCCUACGCCAUUUCUCUCCAUCAUCUAGUGCCAAGAUUCGUGUCCUGGACCAGUUACUUGAUAACCUACGUACAAACACCUCGGAGAAGAUAGUCCUCGUCUCUAACUAUACAUCCACAUUGAACUUACUAGCAACCCUGCUAACGUCUCUUUCCCUCCCCUUUCUUCGCUUGGACGGCUCAACUCCUGCUCAGAAACGACAGUCCCUAGUUGAGGACUUCAACCGCCUCCCACCAAAUCUCUGCUUCGCAUUUCUCUUGUCUGCAAAAGCCGGAGGCACCGGACUCAACUUAAUAGGCGCCAGCCGCCUCGUCCUAUUCGACGUGGACUGGAACCCAGCUACUGACAUCCAAGCCAUGGCACGAAUCCAUCGUGACGGCCAAAAACACCACUGUCGAAUAUACCGUAUUCUCCUCAAAGGCAGCCUUGAAGAGAAGAUCUGGCAGCGUCAAGUAACCAAGAUCGGGCUUGCAGAUAGCGUCAUGGAACACCGGGACAGCAUGGCCCAAUUCUCGCGGGACGAGCUCAAGGACCUAUUCCGGCUAGACGAAGAAAGCAAGUGCCAAACACAUGAACUUCUAGGCUGUGACUGUGGCGGUAACGGUGUUCUGCCAUCAGAAAAUGAUCCAAAGCCAAACGACAAAGACGACAACGAUGAUUCCACCUCAAGCGAGCUCUCCGAGCUAGAAGACUUCCCCGAUCUACCUACCCUACUCAAAGCCUCAGAAGUGGACAUGGAGAAGCAAGAGCGCCAGCUCCGAGACUCCCGCGCCGCUCUUCGAUCCGGAAAAACCGACGAUGGCAGCGGAACGACCAAGCAAAAGCACCGAAUGCAGCAAUCCCUCUCCCAAUACUGCCAUAUAGACCCCAGUCACCUUAAUGCCACAGAGAAAGAGAGUACCGAAGGUAUCGAAUCAUCAAUUGACGAUGACGUUCUCCUCUCUCUACUCAAAGAUGAAGACAACCGGAUCGGUUACAUCUUCAAAAAGUCCAGUACAGCAGAAGCGAAGGGGGACAUCCCGUUGUCCCCGGUGGUUAUCCUGGAUUAAUUGAAAUAGAUAAAUUCAUAGAUCCCUAGCUCGCUAGCUAGAUCUCGGG